AUGGAUGAAUCUUUCUUUUUCGUGGCCAAUAUUCUUGUUGUUUCUGAGGUUGAGUUUCUUACGAUGCAGAUUAGGCCCCCUCAGAAAGAAAGAUUCACCCAAAUCCUUUCUAUUGGAAUUGGUGGUUCAGCUCUGGGGCCACAAUUUGUUGCAGAGGCACUGGCUCCUGAUAAUCCCCCACUUAAGAUAAGAUUCAUUGACAAUACAGAUCCAGCUGGGAUUGAUCAUCAGAUAGCGCAGCUUGGCAGUGAGCUAGAAUCUACACUUGUAAUAGUGGUUUCAAAGAGUGGAGGCACACCCGAAACAAGGAAUGGUCUACUUGAAGUUCAGAAAGCCUUCCGUGAAGCUGGUCUGGAUUUCGCAAAACAGGGUGUUGCAAUUACACAAGAGAAUUCAUUGCUUGAUAACACAGCCAGGAUUGAGGGCUGGUUAGCAAGAUUUCCCAUGUUUGACUGGGUGGGUGGUAGAACGUCAGAGAUGUCUGCUGUUGGUUUACUUGCAGCUGCGCUUCAGGGAAUUGAUAUUAAAGAAAUGCUAGCUGGUGCAGCAUUGAUGGAUGAAGCCAACAGAACCAAACUAGUCAGGGAUAACCCAGCAGCGCUGCUAGCUUUAUGUUGGUAUUGGGCAGCAGAUGGAGUCGGAUCGAAGGAUAUGGUUGUCCUUCCUUACAAGGACAGCUUAUUAUUGUUCAGUCGAUACUUGCAGCAGCUAGUCAUGGAAUCACUUGGAAAGGAGUUUGAUCUGGAUGGCAACCGGGUAAACCAAGGGCUAAGUGUUUAUGGUAACAAGGGAAGCACUGAUCAGCAUGCAUACAUUCAACAGCUCAGAGACGGGGUGCACAACUUUUUUGUCACGUUCAUUGAAGUACUACGAGAUAGACCCCCUGGUCAUGAUUGGGAGCUUGAACCAGGUGUCACCUGUGGUGACUAUCUAUUUGGAUUCUUACAGGGGACCAGAUCUGCUUUAUAUGCCAAUAACCGAGAGUCUAUUACAGUCACUGUGCAAGAGGUGACACCCAGGUCCGUUGGUGCUUUGGUAGCCCUUUACGAGCGAGCAGUUGGGAUUUAUGCCUCAUUGGUCAACAUCAAUGCCUAUCAUCAACCCGGAGUUGAAGCGGGCAAAAAAGCAGCAGGAGAAGUUUUAGCUCUUCAAAAACGCGUUCUUGCUGUAUUAAAUGAAGCAAGCUGCCAACAACCCAUUGAACCAUUAACACUUGAAGAAAUAGCUGAUCGUUGCCAUGCUCCUGAGGAAAUUGAAAUGAUCUACAAGAUUAUUGCACAUAUGGCUGCCAAUGAUAGAGCUCUAAUAGCCGAAGGGAGUUGUGGUACACCAAAAACCGUCAAGGUUUUCUUAGGGGAGUGCAAUGUUGAUGAUAUGUACCCCUAAAAUUACUUGGAAAACAACUCUUUUUCUUGACAUUUUUGUCAUCGAGGGGUUUUAAACUGAACGGGAAGGUGAAAAUUGUCACAUUUUACCCGCCAUCAGAAGUGGAUAAAUUUGCAAUGAAAUAAUUGCCUUGUGCAAGAGACUGAUAGCCACUUAUUUCAAGGAAACGGAAUAAACAGACAAUGGUUUUGUCUUC